GGCGGCCGCGCGGGCGGCGGCGGCGGCGGCGGCGGGGCGAGGAGGCGCCCUCGGGAGAAACCGCCCCGGCGCGUCCCCGCUCGGCGGCGGCGUGGCCCGCCGGAGGCGUUCACCUUGCGCGGGGCGAGCCGCGGGCCGCAUGGAGCAGCCUCGCCAGCGCCCCCCGCCCCGCGCCAUGAAGCUCAUUUAGCCGCGGCGGAGCCGAGCGAGGACGCGGGGAGCCGAGCGCUGCCGCCCGCCCGCGCCGCCUCCAUGGCGAAGGAGAGGAGCAGGAAGGCGCUGGCGGAGCUGCUCCAGCGGCCGGGCAACGCGGCGUGCGCCGACUGCGCCGCGCCGGAUCCAGACUGGGCAUCACACAGCCUGGGAAUCUUCAUCUGUUUAAACUGUUCGGGAAUCCAUCGCAAUAUUCCACAAGUCAGCAAAGUGAAGUCCGUCCGCUUAGAUGACUGGGAUGAUGCUCAAGUUGAGUUUAUGGCUUCGAAUGGAAACAAUGUAGCAAAAGCAAAAUAUGAAUCUAAGAUGCCACCGUUUUAUUACAAGCCAACAUUUCUUGACUGUCAACUGCUGCGGGAACAGUGGAUCAGAGCCAAAUAUGAAAGAAAAGAAUUCAUUCACAGUGAGAAGCAAGAACCCUAUUCUGCAGGAUACCGAGAAGGAUUUCUGUGGAAGAGAGGACGUGACAACGGACAGUUCUUAAGCCGAAAAUUCGUGUUAUCAGAGAGGGAAGGUGCACUGAAGUACUUCAACAAAAAUGACGCAAAAGAACCCAAAGCAAUUAUGAAGAUUGAACAUUUAAAUGCGACUUUCCAGCCUGCAAAAAUAGGGAACCCGCAUGGACUACAGAUCACUUACUUGAAGGACAAUAGCACAAGGAACAUCUUUGUCUAUCAUGAAGAUGGCAAGGAAAUUGUGGAUUGGUUCAACGCCAUUCGGGCGGCGCGUUUUCAUUACUUGCAAGUGGCGUUCCCUGGAGCCAGUGAUGUCGACCUGGUGCCAAAGCUUUCUAGAAACUACCUGAAGGAAGGGUACAUGGAGAAGACGGGGCCAAAGCAAACAGAAGGAUUCAAGAAACGAUGGUUCACCAUGGACGACCGGAGGCUCAUGUACUUCAAAGAUCCCCUGGACGCCUUUGCUAGAGGGGAAGUGUUCAUCGGGAGCAAGGAGAACAGCUACAAGGUCCUGGAAGGGCUCCCGCCAUCCACGCAGGGGAAUCACUGGCAGCACGGGAUAACCAUCGUCACCCCCGACAGGAAAUUCCUCUUCGCCUGCGAGACAGAAGACGACCAGCUGGAAUGGAUUACAACCUUUCAGAAAGUUAUAAGCAGGCCGAUGCUGCCUCAGGAAUACGCAGUGGAAGCCCACUUCAAGCAUAAACCUUAGAUGGGACUGGGCAGACCUGAGGAAUGAGCUUCUGUUUACAACACAACAUGGUUUUAUUUGAAAUGCUAAAAAUAAUUAUUAAUGAUAAUAAUAAUAACAACAAUAAUAAUACUUCCCUUUCCCCUCAUCAUUGACUUGAUCAUGUUGGAAGCCAAGAAGGACAGCCGCAAAAUGUCAGAGAAGAUGCUGGUCAAUAACAGAAGUCAUUUCUCUGGCUGCGCUGUGUUUCCAGCAGUGCCCUGGCUCCUCCAGAGGCCUCAUUUCCACGUGCAGCCGUUUUGUGUAUCCCACCGCAGUAGGUAAUUCCCGCAGAGACCGCACGUGUCGGGGUAGGCGGCUCUCAGUGACGUGCCACCAGACCGGCCUGUGGGCCUGUGCUAGCCUGUAGUAACACACCCGGUCCCAAGUGCGGGGCGAAGCGGGUUUUAGACCACACUUCCCAGGAUGCUGAAGACUGCGCCAGUGGCUCAUCUCGGGGCACAGGGCUUUCUCUGGAAACCUGCUCCUUGGCUGGUGCAAAACCAAAAGGGUUUCCUGUGGAAACUGGUAACUUCUGGAGGAAAGGAGAACACGCCUUUUUUCUUCUAUCCCAUCUGAACACCCUUUCCGAAGCAUUUCAGCAGCUGGUUAGUUGGCUGGUGAGUGGGGUUUAGUAACCUGCUUUUUCUCCUCUGCAAUCUUUUGUUAAUUUAGAUCAGGGAUGGAUACAACCUGGUUCAGGUUUUGGAUCUGAACUUCCCAGAGCUCUGAGCCACCUGGGCUGGUGCCAGGGGGAAGAGGCAGCGCUGACCUGGACCGGGACCUCCUCGGACGCUCUAACUCGUCCUCUAGGUUAGGCUGGUUCAGUCGGUGCAGUAACUGCUCUCAGGUGAGCCGAUGUCCAUGCUUUGGACAUCCACAGUUCGGCCGGGUUCUCCCUGACAAUCCCACCUCUCCACUAGCGUUUUCUCUUGGGAGACAAUGAUUUCCUGAGACUGUGACAUCCUAACGGGAUACAGAGCAUGAACCUAAAACCGCAAAGGAAAUAAAUACCGUCCAUAAAUGUAGGGAACCACAGCUGUCAACCAGAGGAGGAGUUUGUAGGUGACUGAGAUGUGUCAGAAGGCAGCAUUACAUGUUCUGUUGGCCCACGUGGUUCAGACUCCUUAAAAAGCAAGGAAGAAAUGUAGCAUCUUAGAGCAGCUUCAGAUAAGGAUCCUGAUAGGAAGUUUGCCUCCAUGUUAUUCCUUGUGGACAGUAUUUUCUGUGCAGUGCCCCAGCCGCUUUUGUCUUUUCGUCCAAGUUGGUGGCAAAGUAAGUGAUGUGUUCUGCCUUUGCAAAAUGGGCAAUUGGAAAUGGUGUUGGUUUUUGAUGGGUGGCUCAGGAUGCCCAUCCUCUGGAAGGUCAUGGCUUGAACGUGUGAUUUCAUGCAGGUCACCCGUUUGCCUGUAUGCACAUUUGGGCCUGGUUCACCCGUUGAAGUGGAUCUUCUGUGUUACUGAUGCCUGUCCAUGGUCUUAACAUGCUAGCUUUCUCAUGGCAUGGCUUUAGAUAUAGAAGGGCUGAACUGAGUGCGGUACUAGCUAACAAGGAACAGGCCCGUGAGCGGUCCCAGCCAGGUGGCUUUUCAGUUUGCUGUAGGAGCACACAACUGCCAGGACUUGAAGACUGUUGCAUGUGCACCUCUUAGGAAGCUCAGACAAAACCGGAGUAGUUCGGCUUACAUGGUCUCAUGAUGUGUAAAUGUUGCUAAAUCCUCCAGAUGUCAUAGAGAUAAAUUAUAAAUAAAUUACUUUAAUGUGGGUGAACGUCACACCUUGUUAGUGAUGGUAAUGUUAUAUAUAGGCUAGUUUCAAACAGGAUUUAAAAAUAACAGAAAUUUGUGUUGUUGGCCUCAUUAUCUGCUUACCAAAGUGCACAUCCAAAAAGUGUCCCUUACCAACAGCGAAAUGUCAGCUCCAAGGACUUUGCUCAGUGGAUUUGUCUGGCAAGCGGAGGGGGAGGCAGGCCUGUCUGGGUGAGCAGGAUGAUGUACAGAGCGUGUCUGCUACCCCCUGCCCCAAGUGGAAGGGGAAGAUUCAGCACCUGGUCAGAAGUGAGCCUCAAGCAUAAAAAUGAACCCGUCAGCAGGCACUCGACUACGCAUGCCCAGGGUGGCCUGUGGUGGUCACGGAGAGAGGAGCGUGACAGCCGGGAGGACGGAGCGGUGCUCCGAGUGCAGCCGUGCUGGGAGGAACCGUGGCCACAGGAGCUUGCUGUGAAAGAGGUAUGUCUUGCACAGCCAGUGUUGGAGCCAGCCCUGCAGGGCCUCGGAGCAGGCGUUUCUGCCCUUUCACCUCUGUGCUGAGCUGAUGAUCCCCAGGUUGGUGCUGUGGUCUUGUCCUCGGUUGUUGGCCUCAGCGGUGAAGCCCAGUAUGAUGCCCAGGUGCCACUUAGAUGCUGCUGCGAGGGCAGUGGAGCUGCGCUUGGCUUCGUGCAGGCUGGUCCCCUGCAGAGCAACUAUCACUGCAUCGUGCUGGGAGCUGUGCUGGACCGUGGGAAAGGCAUCCUGGAGCCCAAGGCAAGAGAAUCUUGCUGUGCCUAGAGGAGCAAGAGGAAGAGCUCGAAAGCCCAAGGUGGGCAGCCAAAAGGACCAUGCGGCAGAGUUGAGGUGAAGAGAAAUGAAGGGACUAGUGCACUAGGAAGGGCUGGUUUGGCUUGGCAUGCUCUGAGCAAGCCUUCAGCCCCAGCAUGCCUCCCCUCAAGUGCUGCAGGGCCAGCAUGGGUUUGCCUGGAGGGGCUGGGAGCCCGGUGGCCGGCAUCUGCGUGGAAGGGCCGUGCCAGGAGCUUCGCUGAACCUGCUCCCAGCAACUCUCCCAGAGCCUGUCCAUCAGGGGUGUACAUCUGUCCAGCAUUGAUGCUGCCCUGAAUCACACCGAGGAAAAGGCUCAGACACCCAAGGUGGGUUAAAGCAAAGUUUCCUACAGCCUGCCCUUCCCUGCUCCCAGGUAUGAGAAUGGGAAAAAUCGGUAGUUGGCCCCAGAUGGACAGCAGGACUCUCCCUCAGCUGCUGGGGGACCUUGGGCUCAUGGUGGUGGUGAAAUGAAGGCACCAGCUGUUUGGGGCAGGGGGUAACGGGGAGCCUUGGCUGCACAGUCCCUGCAGCUUUGUGGCACAGCCGGGUCCCUGUGCAGUUGCCUGGGGUGGUGUCUCCAAGCAGGAGACGGGGAGAAGGCUUGAAGGCCAAGUGCUGCUAACCACCGAAGGUGGUCAUGCCAGAUUACCUGGCAUGACAUGGUCGCUAUCCCAGCCAAAGGGCAGGGAUCACUGCCAGGUAUUUUGUAGCCAUUUUGCAUUGUCACAUCGGUUGAAAAGUUGGACUGGCUCAGUGGGACGAGGCAAAGCCCCAGCUUGGGCUGCGGGAUUUGCGCUUCAGGUUCACAUAUGCCAACAGGCCCUGUAGAACCACUUCCAAAACCCUCCAGUGGUCACAUCUCCUUCAAACACGUCCUACUCCUCUGGCCGAUGAUAUAUUGCUUCUACAAAAAAAGGUUGUUGCACUUUUUCAAUACUUCUCUUAAUUUUUUUUCUUGUUAAUUUUUUGCAAAAAAAAAAGAAAAAAAGCUGCUUAAAGUGACAUUUCAACAAUGUUUUGACCGCUGUAAUUCCUGCAGUCAGAGGUUGUUGUGAAUGAGGAAGUUCUUGGCCUGUCAGUCCAAGAACUGUACAGUACAUGCUAAAUUUUUACCUGAAAAAAAAAUUACUGUGUCCAAUAAGUAACAACAGAACAAUACAUUGAACUGUCCGAUGCAUUUCUUAAGUUGGUGUUUGUAAAUGAAAGCCACUGUAUCAGCUGUAUACAUUUGUUAUGUCACUGGUAAGAAAACUGUGGUACUAAAUGUCAUUCAAUUGAAUAAAUUAUUAUAUCAAAUCA